AUGUUACCUCCAUUUGACUACAUCUCUUACCGUCGCAUACGGCAACAACAAGAACGGGCACUGCGCUUCUCGGCCCUUCCCCACCCUUAUCACCUCCGCAUCACCGCCAAUGACAAGCAAGUCAUCAACAAGCCUAUCGAAGAAUUGGUCCAUGACAUCCAAGACUCGGCUGUCUCUCCUCUAGACGUCCUUCGUGUCUACGGCAAGGUAGCAAAAAGGGCCCAGGAGCGCACAAACUGCAUCACGGAGCUCCUGCUCCCUGAAGCUGAGUCGUGGCUUGAUUCCGAGAUCAACUUGAAAGGCCCUCUGGCUGGUAUACCAGUCUCUUUGAAAGACACAGUUCACGUCAAGGGCUUUGAUACCUCGGUUGGAUACGCGUCUUUCACUGGACAGCCCCUCUUGGAGGAUGGUCCCCUUAGUACCCCGAAAAUGGUUCCAAUGAACACUCGCUCAAACUAUUUAGGCGCGGUCCCAUAUGCCAAGACUGCUUUGCCCAUCACUCUCCUCUCUUUUGAGUCUUCCAACGGCCUUUGGGGCAUUUGCCGCAACCCCCACGUUCCAGCCUACUCGCCCGGUGGCUCAACGGGUGGAGAGGCGGCGCUCAUUGCUCAGGGUGGUCGAAUUGGCAUCGGAUCUGAUGUUGCUGGGUCUGUCCGUGUGCCCGCCGCCUGGAGUGGCAUUUACUCCCUUCGCUGCUCGACUGGCCGCUGGCCCAAGGCCGGUGUGAACACCAGUAUGCCAGGCCAAGAGGGUGUGCCCAGUGUCUUCAGUCCCAUGGCUCGUACCCUGGACGAUCUGACCUAUUUCACCCGGGCCAUCAUUGGCAUGCAGCCUUGGAAGUAUGAUCAUUCUGUUCACCCGAUAGCCUGGCGUAACGACCUCGAGUCCGAUGCGCAGAACAAGCCUUUGCGCAUUGGUCUCAUGAGCUCCGACGGCGUCAUCCCUCCAACACCCGCCAUUGCGCGUGCGCUCUCGACCACCGUUGCUGCUCUCACCGAAGCUGGCCACACCGUGUCCGAGAUCACACCCCCGUCCUCCGCAGAACCCUUCGCAGGCCUGAACCUGGGCGCCCAACUCCUCAACUCGGAUGGUUGCCACCACUUCAACGUGCCUCGGAAGUCAUUUGAGCCCACUGACCCAGGUGCCAGCCAAUUGGCUCGUAUCGCCCACCUUCCCCGCCCCGUCCGCUAUCUCUACUACCUCUACGUGCGCUACAUCCGUCGCGACAAGGUCUCCGCUACUCUCAUCCGAAACUUCGGCCCCAAGUCGGCUGCCCAACUCUGGACUCUCACCGCCAGUCGUGAGGCGUUCCGUGCCGCCUGGCAUAAGUGGUGGGACGCCGAGUCCCAGCAAUUCGAUUUCAUUGUGUGUCCUGUCAACGCCACCCCGGCCCUCCCGCAUACCGCCAUGCACGAUGCCGUCUCUUCCUGCGGCUACACUUUCCUCUGGAAUUUGCUUGAUUACUCUGCAGGCGUGAUUCCUGUGGGUCAUGUCGAUCCUAUCCGUGACGCUCUCGACGCGCCUUACAAGACUACUCUGAAACGCCUUGGCGCCGACCAUGGUAUCGCUCGCGGUGCGUGGAAACACUACGAUUCGGCCAAGAUGGCAGGUCUCCCCACUGCGGUGCAGGUGGUUGGUCGCCGCUGGCAGGAGGAACAGGUGCUUGGCUACAUGGCUGUUGUGGAGAAGGCGCUGGAACAGCAUCUGGACCCGCAGACCGGUCGGAGCUGCAGAUAUACCCUGUUGGAGAUCGACUAG